AUGCCGAGUUCGUGCCAGGAGCUGCGCGAUGCGCUCGCGCAAUGCCUCCAAGAAUCCGACUGCGUCAUGGUCCAGCGCAACAAGGCGUCCGACUGCCUCCGCGAGCCCCUCGCCAGCACGCUCCCCACCACGUGCCAGCAGCUGAAAAAGGGCUACGGCGACUGCAAGCGCGGCCUGGUCGACAUGCGCAAGCGGUUCCGGGGAAACAUGCCCGUCGGCUACAAGAACGCGGAGGGGGCCGAGGCGGGCAAGGGAUACCAGCUGUAUGCUGGCGCGCCGGCAUUCGCGGGAGCUGUCAAGGAGACGAGCGGCAACGAGCCCAUUCCCCAGGACUGGAGGGAGAUUGAGAAUGAAAAGUACCGCCUGGAGCAGCAGCAGCAGCAGCAGCAGCAUCGGAAGUAG